ACUCCCUGAAAAGUGCAGCCGGUUUGAAAUGCAAGAUGGCGGCGGCGGGGCGCUGAGAGGCGCGGCGGCCCCUGCAGGAAAUGGCAGAUAGGUACGUCAGACCUGUUGGUAAUGAUGGCCUGAGCUAAACACCUAAUUUGAAGGGACACCCUCCGUGUCAAAGAACAGAAUGCUGAAGAAGCUAUGGUAAUUGGAGUUGUGCUUCAAAAAUUUCAGCAGUUCAACAGUAUUUUAUCUGCCAACAAUAAGCUCUUUACUUGAUUGCACCAUGAAAAAGCUGCUAAUGAAACUUGUUGAACACAAAAAUGGACUUGAAGAACCAAAAGCCGUUGUUUUCAAAUGAAGAAUACUGAACGGUUUUAAGCCUCAAUGCUUUUUAAUCACCACUGAGAUUUUCCUCAUAACAUCAGAAUGGCAAGCAGGCGAAAAUCCACAACACCCUGCAUGGUCCUUGCCAGUGAACAGGAUCCAGACCUCGAGUUGAUAUCAGAUUUGGAUGAAGGUCCUCCUGUACUUACACCUGUAGAAAACACCAGAGCAGAGAGUAUCUCAAGUGAUGAAGAAGUUCAUGAAUCUGUGGAUUCUGACAAUCAGCAAAAUAAAAAAGUUGAAGGUGGCUAUGAAUGUAAAUAUUGUACUUUUCAAACCCCAGAUCUAAAUAUGUUUACUUUUCAUGUGGAUUCGGAACACCCCAACGUAGUGCUAAAUUCAUCCUAUGUUUGUGUCGAAUGCAAUUUUCUUACCAAAAGGUAUGAUGCACUUUCUGAGCAUAAUCUGAAAUAUCACCCAGGAGAAGAGAAUUUUAAGUUGACUAUGGUGAAACGAAAUAACCAGACAAUCUUUGAACAGACAAUAAAUGAUCUGACUUUUGAUGGUAGUUUUGUUAAAGAGGAGAAUUCAGAGCAAGCUGAACCUACAGAAGUUUCUUCUUCAGGAAUAUCUAUCAGUAAAACUCCAAUUAUGAAGAUGAUGAAAAAUAAAGUGGAGAACAAACGGAUUACAGUUCACCACAACUCAGUUGAGGACGUUCCUGAAGACAAAGAGAAUGAAAUCAAACCAGACCGUGAAGAAACUGUGGAAAAUCCAAGUUCUUCAGCUUCUGAAUCGAAUACAAGUACUUCCAUUGUGAACAGAAUACAUCCGAACACUGCCAGCACAGUGGUGACCCCAGCAGCAGUCCUUCCUGGGUUAGCACAGGUGAUAACUGCUGUAUCAGCUCAGCAGAAUUCCAGUUUGAUUCCCAAAGUCUUAAUCCCCGUUAAUAGCAUUCCCACCUACAAUGCUGCAUUGGAUAACAACCCCCUUUUGCUUAACACCUACAACAAAUUCCCUUAUCCAACAAUGUCAGAAAUUACUGUUCUUUCUGCUCAAGCAAAAUACACGGAGGAACAGAUCAAGAUAUGGUUUUCAGCCCAACGCCUAAAACAUGGUGUUAGUUGGACCCCUGAGGAAGUAGAGGAGGCCAGAAGGAAACAAUUCAAUGGAACAGUACACACUGUACCUCAGACCAUAACUGUUAUUCCUACACACAUUUCCACAGGGAGUAAUGGUUUACCAUCCAUUUUACAGACAUGCCAAAUAGUUGGUCAGCCAGGUCUGGUCCUCACACAAGUAGCUGGAGCAAACACCUUGCCGGUCACGGCACCUAUAGCCUUGACCGUGGCGGGGGUUCCAAAUCAAACAAAUGUACAAAAAAGUCAGCCACCUGCCGUGCAGCCAAUUGCAGAAACAAAGCCAGCCACAGCAGCAAUCCCACCUUCCCAGCUCGUCAAACACGAAACCACAGCGGCAAACCCUGAUUCAUUUGGCAUUCGGGCAAAAAAGACUAAAGAGCAACUGGCCGAAUUGAAAGUCAGCUACCUUAAAAAUCAGUUUCCCCACGAUUCAGAAAUUAUCAGACUUAUGAAAAUCACAGGCCUGACUAAAGGAGAGAUUAAGAAAUGGUUUAGUGACACAAGGUACAAUCAGAGAAAUUCAAAGAGUAAUCAGUGCUUACAUCUCAACAAUGAUUCCUCCACCACUAUUAUUAUAGACUCCAGUGAUGAAACCACGGAAUCCCCAACUGUUGUUACUUCACAGCCUAAACAAUCCUGGAAUCCUUUUCCUGACUUCACUCCCCAGAAGUUUAAAGAGAAGACCACAGAGCAGCUUCGUGCCCUUCAGGCGAGUUUUCUCAACAGCUCUGUCCUCACAGAUGAAGAAUUAAAUAGGUUAAGAGCGCAAACCAAACUUACCAGGAGGGAAAUUGAUGCUUGGUUUACAGAGAAGAAGAAAUCAAAAGCUUUAAAGGAAGAGAAAAUGGAAAUAGAGGAAAAUAAUGCAGGUAGUUCCAAAGAAGAAGCCGGAGAAACUUCUCCCAGAGAUGAAUCUGGUGCACCUAAGCCAGGGAGUACAGGCAAGAUCUGUAAAAAAACACCCGAGCAGUUGCACAUGCUUAAGAGUGCUUUUGUGCGAACGCAGUGGCCAUCGCCAGAAGAGUAUGACAAGUUGGCCGAAGAGAGCGGGCUUGCUAGAACAGACAUUGUCAGUUGGUUUGGGGACACCCGUUAUGCUUGGAAAAAUGGAAACCUAAAAUGGUACUACUACUAUCAAAGUGCCAACUCAAGUAGUAUGAAUGGUCUGUCCUCCCUUCGGAAAAGGGGGAGAGGGAGACCCAAAGGAAGGGGAAGAGGAAGACCACGUGGGCGGCCAAGAGGAAGCAAGAGAAUGAACAACUGGGACAGGGGGCCAUCACUCAUAAAAUUUAAAACUGGAACUGCAAUACUUAAGGAUUAUUACCUGAAGCACAAAUUUCUUAAUGAGCAAGACCUUGACGAACUCGUGAACAAAUCACAUAUGGGCUAUGAGCAGGUCAGAGAGUGGUUUGCAGAAAGACAGAGAAGAUCAGAGUUGGGUAUAGAAUUAUUUGAGGAAAAUGAGGAGGAAGAUGAAGUUAUUGAUGAUCAGGAAGAGGACGAAGAAGAAACAGAUGAUAGUGACACUUGGGAACCCCCACGACAUGUGAAGCGGAAGCUUUCUAAAUCAGAUGACUGAAAUCUGCCUAAAACGUUGGAGGAGAAUCAAUUCUUCAAUGCAAGAUGUCUGAUUUACUGUGAGUGGGCCCAAUCUUUGAUGACACUGAAAACGUUUUGGGGCAUACACAUUCUCAAAAAAUAGGAUCCAAUAUCCAAAAGAAAUGGAACUUAAUGUUGUGCCAAAGUUAAACUACUGCAUUUGGCGGAAGUUCUGCAAUGUAAAUAGAACACUAAUUAAACAACUUGUAAAAAUUCGAAUUUUAAUAUAGUACAUUUUUAUUCUGAUAUGAUUCCUAGACUUUCUGAGGGGGUUUAAUGACCACUAGAGCUUGUCCUCAUAUUUUGUCCAGCUUAAUACUGUAUGUCUAGUAAGAUGGGCCUUAUUGCCUGUAUUCUUUGAUAUGUGAUUAAGCUUAUAGCUUUGAGUGACCAAACAUUUUACAGAGUAAAAAUUGUUAGAAACAGGAAAAAGAAAAACCUGAUUUAUUUCUAUGUCUUAUUUAUCAGGCCCUGCACUAAGAUUAAAAUUUGUGUGUGGGCUUGUACAAUUUCAAUGUAAGUGAAAAAAACAGCCUAUUGACACAUGUUGAAACAGUAAGAUUUUGUGAUAUCAUUGGCCCUUAAUGAUUGAUCUUUAAUUGAACACAUUCAUGGAUACCACUAUUACUCUGUAAUAAUCUGUUCAUUUUUUUAUUAGAAGCUGAAUUUGCUUUGUAUUAAACUAAAGAUAAUCAAUAGUGAAGAAGGAGAAGAAAAUGGCAUAAGAAUUUGGAUAGGGUGAAACUCUGAAAUAUUUUACCAAAAAUGUGAAGAAGAACCAUAUAGUACAUAUAUACUUAGUGUUUUCUUACAAUCAUAGAAAUCAGAAAUGUUUGUACAGGUAUCAGAUCAGAAUUUUCAAGAAUUAUCUUUCAGGGAAAUUCUACUUUAUGUAGCAAUUUCAGUGAAGAGAGAAAAAAUUCUGAACUGAUCAUAAUGAGUUAAAGGUUAGCUUUUCACUUAUGAAUCAUGGGAGUGUUAACUGUUAACUCUUGCCGUAUCAGGAGACUGAAAGUUCAUACUAACUUAUAAACGUUGUAAAGACCGGUGCUGUUCAUUCAUGUUGAGAAGGACCCUUUUUUUGUGACUACAGGAUUGUUUUUCAAAAUGUGCUUUCUUCAUAGAAAAAAUGUUCAGUUUAAUUAGCUCUGGAUUUUAAAAUGUUUUUCUGAAUGACCGGAUGUAGUGGGCUUGGCCAGUUUCUUUUGUCUAAUUUAAUGAAUAAUAUUAAGCUCUUGUUUUUACCUAAAUGUUUGUCAGCUAAUGAAAUGGUAUGAA